AUGACCUUGACAGUAACUACAAUGCCGUCUCUGGAUCAAGCAACCAAGGCCUCCCGCCGAGGCCGCGAGGUCAGCCUGACUACCGACGACGCUGCCGUACAUGAGAUGGAUGCAUCAGCCCGCAAGAGGAAGCGAACCCGCAAAACCCACACGGAUCGUAAAUUCGAAUGCACCUUUGAGGGCUGUGGCAAGAGCUAUUCGCGUGCGGAGCACCUGUACCGUCACCAACUGAACCACACUCCCAAGCAAAUCUACCGCUGCGACUUUCCCGAUUGCUAUCGGUCUUUUGUGCGACAGGAUCUCUGCAUCCGCCAUAGGGAACGACAUACCACCCAGGGCUCGCAGCUUCAGAAACGGGACCAUUUUGCGCAAGCCGCGUCCACUACGAAUGACACCCUCGCCAACCCCCCGAUCGGUCGGCCUGUGUCGCAUGCGCCUCCGAUUCUUUCGCCUCCGACUUCCAAACUGACCUCAACACCGUCCGGGUCGGACGAACCGCUCAAUGGUGCGAGUGUCCCGGUCUCCUCGCCCAGCUCCAUCGGACCCAGUCAGCCAUUUACCAACUAUCACUCUAUUGUUCCGACACACCAGGGCGUCGAGGUACCCGACCCUGCGUUUGCCCACUCGCCAACGCAGUCGAUCCCGACCUAUAACUCGCCGCCGUUGCGGCGUCCGUUGCCCACCACCUUCAGCAGCCGCCACUCCGCGAAUGGCUCCAUUGCCUCCACCAAGGCAGGGCAGGGUGCUCGCGCAAAUCAUUCCUUGUCAGACCCUACGCCGACGUCCACCCCUCAACCCCCGGAUGCUAGCCGUGGCUACAGGGUUCCAACCGACCUGCAUGGAUCGCUAGUCAGUCCGACCGCCUACGGCUCCCCGCACGGGCUGCCCAUCGCUCUGCAUGGAUACCCCGAGAUGAACCUAGCGCCAGCCGCUUCAACCCCAACGACGUCUCUAGAUCAGACGGCUAGCCUAGCGGUCCUGGACUCUAUGGCAGGGAUGAUGCCUCCAGGCUCCGGGGUAGGGGAGCCGGGGUUCGAUCCGCUGCAUUCCGGGGUGUAUCCCAUGUUCGGCGGGGAGAACCAUCGCUCUCCCUUCCACAUGGCCGACGAUUUCACCGCAUGGCUAUUUAACGAGCCUAUUCCCGGGUCGUCGUCGGUGCCCAGUAUGGUCCCUCACUACAUGGAAGCCGCACAGCUGCAGAAUCAAUUUGUGAUGAACGAGCCUACGUACGGCAACUUUCUGAAUGGCGCCAUCCCAUCUCAUUCGAUGAGUGUGACUAGUAUUCUCGACCCUGGUUCGCCACGAGCCAUCAUCUCCCAGGAGAAACGACAGGAAUUGCUCGACCUCAUGGCGACGCGUUUUAAUGCGGCCGCAUACUCGGCGGUUGCGAAGCGGACAGAUGCGCUGAUGGAUGGAGACAUGGAGGACGAUGGCCACAUCCUUAGCUUGUCCAAAAUGCAGACCUACAUUGGGUCCUACUGGUACCACUUCCAUGUCCAGCUGCCUAUCCUGCACCGACCGACCUUUGCAGCCGAUCGAGCCCCCAGUCUCCUGCUAUUGGCCGUGAUGGCUAUCGGAGCAGCCACGCUCGACGGUAUCCAUGGACGGGAAGUGACGGAGGCGGCGUCAGACCUGGCCGACUUUAUUAUGUGGCAUCUGCGGUGGGAGAUUUUUAUGGAAGCGGAUUUCCGUCCGCCGGCCAAACUCUGGGUUUUUCAGGUGCUUUUGCUCCUCGAGGUCUAUGAGAAGAUGUACUCUACGCGUGCGCUCCAUGAGCGGGCGCACAUUCACCACGACACUACCUUGACUCUGAUGCGGCGUGGCAGUUCCCUGAUUGGGCGCUCUGCACUGGAUUCCCCUGCCAGCCUGAGGGAGGACCGGCCGGCCCGGUCGUCCGCUUCUUCGGGGUCGACCACGACGCCAGACUUCGCUGCGGAAGAAUCCUGGGCACAUUGGAUUAAGACGGAAGCGACGAGACGCGUUGCGUUUGCGGCAUUUGUGUUGGACUCGACCCACGCAACGAUGUUCGGACAUUCCGCCAAGAUGGUUGCGCAUGAGCUGCGCCUGCCGCUCCCGUGCGAUGAGGCGUUGUGGUCCGCGACCAGCACGUCGGAGAUGGCCCGGGUGCAGUCGAGUCUCCACGCCAACAGCGUCAAGCCGGUCAUGUUUUUGGACGGGCUGAAGCAGACCCUCAACGGGCAGCGGGUCCGAACCAACGCCUUUGGCCGGACGAUCCUCAUGGCGGGCCUCCUCAGCGUCAGCUGGCACAUGAACCAGCGAGACCUCCAGGUUAGCUCGUUGGGGGUCCCCCAUGCCCUCGGAGGCCGCGACAAAUGGCGGUCUGCGCUUCUCCGGGCUUUUGAUAACUGGCGACGCGAUUUCGAUGAGGCGCUUGGACAGACCGGAACGACAUCCUUUCCGACUGGGUAUCGGGGACGAUAUUCCCUCGAUGAAGAUAACGUCUUCGAGUCGCGCGAUGUGCUGCACGGGCUAGCCCACAUGGCCUCCCAUGUGGACGUGGUGGACUGCCAGAUCUUUGCGGGCGCCCGUCGGCUCAUGGGGCGAGCGAUCAUGCCGCGCGACUACAGCGCCGCGCGAGAGAAGAUGGUCGAUCGUUGGGCAACCAAGGCCUCCGCGCGCGAUGCCACUUUCUACGCGCUCAAAUUCCUCUCCGAGUGUCUUCUCGACAACCACGGCGGCUCUGACGCCGAAGGCGAGCUCUACUGCGGACGGACCGAUUACCUCCUCAACCGGCCGUGGGUGAUCUACGUGGCUGCCUUGGUGGUCUGGUGUUAUGGGUACGCACUGGACGGGGCAAUCGCGGAUGCACCAGAGUUGUCCACGGUCGCCGAACAACGGCGAGACAUGCAGGCAUUCUUACGGCGCGUGGGGGGGGUACGAGAGCCUAGCGACCUGGAAGCCAUCCCCGGGCGCAACCGGUGCCUGGGGCUGCUGAUGAUCCUGCGGGAUGGGUUCGUCAACGCGCGAUGGGAGCUGUUGGCGGAAGCUGCAGACCUGCUGGGCAGUUGCAUUGACAAACUACGGGGGGUCUCUUCGUGA